AUGCCGGAAAAUGCAGUGACAUUCAUUGAUAAUCACGACACUGCUAAGUCCACAGAACAAGUUUUCCCACCUGAGAAAGUCAUGUUGGGUUAUGAAUAUGAAGCUAUGAUCGGAAAAAAUGUGUUAAAUCUGGUUAUAAACUGGGGUGAUUGUUAUCAUCAUAGGAUUCUACCACCACUUCUAACUCCCUAUCAGAUUGGUGGAAAAAGUUUUGGGCUUUAUCUUCCUUCUAAGGUGAAUUUUCUUUCAUGGAGAAUGAUACAAAAUGCUUUGCCAAUGGCUCUUAAGCUUCAGAGAAGGAAAACAAUUUCUGAUGCCACAUGCUCUCUUUGUCAUCAUGGUUGGGAAUCAGUUGGGCAUAUGCUCUAUUUCGCUGCAACAGGGCUAAAGCUGUAUGGACUAAGGCUGCUUUCUCAUAUGUUCUCCAAAACUGAAUUUGAAUACAUAUUAUGCCAUAUGUGGAGUAUAUGGUCUGAAAGGAAUGCUGAGUUACAUCACCAUCGGCCCAAACCUGCUUCUGUUUUUGUGGAGUUUGCCUCAUCAUAUCUCUUGUCGUAUGCACAAGCAAAGAGUUCUUCUACAAAAUCACGUCAAUCCAUACCAGUGUCCACAGCUGCAAGAAUUUGGACUCCUCCAGCAACGGGUACUUAUAAAUUGAACUCUGAUGCAGCUUUAGAUUCCAAAAAUUGUUAUAUGGGAAUAGGGGCUGUUAUGCGAGAUUCAACAGGUGUUGUAAUAGCUGCUUUGUCAAAAAAAAUUGCCGGUUCUUACAAACCUUAUGAGAUUGAGGCGUUGGCUUUACUGCAUUCUCUCAACUGGUUGCUGAAUCAAGGGCUUGUUCCUCACUUGAGGUGGAUGCUAUGA